CUUGUUUGUGAUGUUGUUUAUUUAUAGUGGACUAUUUGUUAUGCUUUGCUGCCAUUUUCAAAAGCACUUCCUUAAACAAAGGAUUCACAACUAUAAACUCAUCAGGCAUGUGAAAAACAUCUCAAGUGUUUAUCAAUAACAUGCAUGGCGUAAUCCUUAACUUUUACUAGAGUAAAGUGGAUAUUUUAGUUUUGCACCCUGAGGUUGACCUACAUUUCUGGCCUUGUGGUUCGGGAGUCUCACCCAUACGUUCAGCCCAGGCCUGUUUUUAUCAUGCGUUUCAGUGUGCACUUGUGUGAAACCUGUCAGAACAUGGUUUUUACAUCUCCACUGAGUCCAGUGCUCUCUCUUGUGCAUGCAUUUUAAAAAAGCAACCCGUUCCCAUGCGCUGAAGGAUUGAGAAUAAACCCGGAGCCCAAGUAACCCCCUGCUGUUUUAGCACGAUAUGUCUGAGAGUUUUAUAUCGGGUCAGACCUCGGAGGAUCUGCUGGCUGAUUUUGAGUCUCUCUUGAACAAUGGCAGCAUUGAUCUUAGUGAAGAUCAUCAAAUCGUCAUCAUCUCCACCCCGGGCACGGCCUCGACCAGCUCUGCCACGGGGGACUUCUUGCUGUUCGCCACCCCGCACCACAGCGCCACGACCGGCACGACCCUGGACCACAGGAGACCCGCUCUGGGCAGACCACCGGUGAAGAGGAAGCUGGAUUUGGACAGUGAUCACCAGUACAUCUGCACGUCUCGAUCGGCUUCUCAUGGACCAGCUCCUCCAGCUACACCCGCUCCACCCAGAGUCCCUAAACUGGCCACGGAGAAGUCCCGCUACGACACGUCUCUGAACCUGACCACGAAGCGGUUCCUGGACCUCCUGGCUCAGUCUCCAGACGGGGUGGUGGACCUGAACUGGGCGUCUCAGGUGCUGGACGUCCAGAAGCGGCGCAUCUACGACAUCACCAACGUCCUGGAGGGAAUCCACCUGAUCUCCAAGAAGUCCAAGAACAACAUUCAGUGGCUGGGGAAUCGCAUCGACGGGGCGUCCGUGGCCAGGUUUCAGGAGCUCCAGAGGGAAGUGUCCGAGCUCACGGAGGCCGAGGAGAAACUCGACGAGCUCAUUAACAAAUGCAGCUUACAGCUACGGCUCCUCACAGAGGACACACACAACAAGAAGCUUGGGUACGUGAGGUGCCAGGACCUGCGGGACACGGUGGACCCUCCGGAGCAGAUCAUCAUGGUGAUCCGAGCUCCACCAGAGACGCAGAUGCAGGUGUCUGAACCCAGUGAGGGUUACCAGAUUUCUCUCAAGAGCUCCAAAGGUCCGAUCGACGUGUUUCUGUGUCCUGAGGACAGUUCUGGGGUCUGUAGUCCCGUCACUGAUUGUAGUCCAGCGAAAUCGUCCAGUCAGAGCCCACCGCAGUCUGAUCUCGCAUCACAGGAAGUGACAUCAUCAACGCCGACUACUCUCCCUAGCUCCUCCCCCCUGCCUCUCGGCACAGACCCGGAGUCAUUUCUGGACUCGUUUCCUGGCAUUUGCGGGAUGCCAGAUUUCGACCUGUCUCCUUUGGGCUCGUCUGAGUUCCUGCUGGAGCGGGGCGGCUCCUCGGACGGCGGCGGCGGCCUGGCGCUCGACGGCUUCAUCUGUCUCUCUCCUCCUCACAGUCAGGACUAUCACUUCGGCCUGGAGGAUCACGAGGGCGUCAGCGAGCUGUUCGACUGCGACUUCAGCGACCUCGGCCCUCUCGAGUUCUGACGGGUGAAACCGGUUUCAC